AUUUUAAAAAAUAAAAAUAACUUAUUAGUUUUAUCUAAUUUUUGAAAAUUUUAGAAAUCUCAUUUUAUUACAAAUUUAUUUAUCAUUUUGAAUUCAAAAUUCCGUAACUCUGCAAAUAAGGUUUGUUCUAGUGCAUUCUUACAGCAAUACAACGCACCCCGCCCCUUCUACCUUCUUCUCAAGGAAAAACCAAUGGACAGAAAGUUCUUCGUCGGCGGCAACUGGAAAUGCAAUGGAACCGUGGAGGAAGUGAAAAAAAUUGUGACCACAUUGAGUGAAGCGGAAGUUCCAUCUGAGGAUGUUGUUGAGGUUGUGAUUAGUCCUCCAUUUGUAUUUCUUCCCUUGGUCAAAACGUUAUUGCGUCGUGAUUUCUCCAUUGCUGCACAAAACUGUUGGGUAAGGAAAGGAGGUGCAUUUACUGGCGAGGUUAGUGCUGAGAUGCUGGUCAAUUUGGGCAUUCCCUGGGUCAUCCUUGGUCACUCUGAGAGAAGGCUUUUAUUGAAUGAAUCAAAUGAUUUUGUUGCUGAUAAAGUUGCAUAUGCACUUUCGCAAGGCCUAAAAGUGAUUGCCUGUGUUGGGGAGACUCUUGAGCAGCGAGAAUCAGGAGCUACAAUGGCUGUUGUUGCAGCCCAAACAAAAGCAAUUGCAGAACAAGUCACACAUUGGUCCAACAUUGUUUUGGCUUAUGAGCCAGUAUGGGCCAUUGGAACAGGAAAGGUUGCUACUCCAGCUCAAGCUCAGGAAGUUCAUUUUGAAUUAAGGAAAUGGCUUCAAGUUAAUGUUGGUGCAGAAGUUGGUGCUACAACUAGAAUCAUCUAUGGAGGUUCUGUAAAUGGAGCUAACUGCAAAGAGUUGGCAGCGCAACCUGAUGUGGAUGGUUUUUUGGUUGGUGGUGCUUCACUAAAGCCUGAAUUCAUUGACAUCAUCAAGUCGUCAACAGUGAAAACAACUGCUUAAUUGGAAUUAGUGUUGAUACAAGGAGCCAUCUUUUCAUCUUUUCUUAGAAUGCUUUGUAUGUUUAUGGUAAAUCAUGCACAAAAAUUUCAUUUGAAAUAUAGACGGUGAUCUUUGCAACUUGCCUGCAUUAA